UAUAAUAGUGUCUUACUUAUUACUUUGCAAUAACGUCAAAUGCACAUAAGCAUUUCUGUAGUGUCGUCUUUCUAUUCCAUUGUUUUCUGGUUCUCACUCUAUGACCAAUCCCAACAUAUAUACAUAUACAACAUACAACAUACAGCAGACAGUGUACAAAGUGUACAUAAUCUGUCUAUUACAGAGCAGAUUGGAUUAUCUAAGCAGAUUCUAUGCGGGCUGGUCUACCUGUCUGACCGGAAGUUUGUACACCGUGACCUCGCCACCAGAAAUUGUCUGCUAAACAACAAUGUUGUCAAGAUUGCAGACUUUGGACUCUCACAGAAAAUGUUUUUACAGGAUUACUAUAGAGGGGAGGAUAGUGAUGCUAUCCCUAUCCGUUGGAUGCCUUUGGAGUCUAUUCUACACAACAAGUAUACUGUAGAGACAGAUAUCUGGGCCUUCGGGGUCUUACUCUGGGAGAUAUUUAGCUUUGCUCUUCAACCUUACUAUGGACUAACCAACGAACAGGUUGUUCAAUACUUGAAGGAUGGGAACCUACUGGAGUGUCCUGAGAAUACUCCGAAAUCAAUCUACAAGCUGAUGAAGUUGUGCUGGAGUUCAAAACCUAUAAAUCGUCCUAGUUUCCGAACCUUACUCCGGGACCUGGAAACUAUUGAGGCGGAGAUACAACUCAUUCAGAAGCAUUUACACUCACAGAGAAGCACUCCGCAAUCUCCUAAAGCAUUUGUUUAAAAGAGAAGAAAUUGAGACUAUAUAAUAGGCAGGAGUAAGAACGUACUGAAGAUAGUACAGGACGUAUAGAAAAAUGAGAGGACACAUAGAUAAAUGAGGCAGCAAUUGAACAGAUAAAGGGGUUAGAAGCACAGAGGUGGUAGGAAGCACAUAUAAAGGAGGUAAGACGCACUGAUAAAGAAGGUAUGACACUCAAAUAAAGGAGGUAGGACGCACAGAUAUAGGAGAUAGGACGCACAAAUUAAGGAGGUAUGACGCACAGAUAAAUGAUGUAGGACAAACAGAUACAAAAGGUAGGACGAACAGAUAAAGAACGUAGGACGCACAAAUCAAGGAGGUAUGACGCACAGAUAAAGGAUGUAGGACAAACAGACACAGAAGGUAUGACGCACAGAUAAAGAGGGUAGGAAGCACAGACAAAGGAGGUGGGACGCACAUAUAAAGAAGGUAAGACAUAAAAAGGAUGUAGGAAAUACAGAUACAGAAGGUUGGACGCACAUAUCAAGGAGGUAGGACGCGCAGAUAAAAGAGGUAGGACGUGCAGAUAAAGGAGGAAGGACGCACGGAUAAAAGAGGUAGGACGCACAGAUAAAAGAGGCAAGACGCAUAGAUAAAGAAGGUUGGACACUCAAAUCAAAGGAGGUAGGACGCACAAAUCAAGGAGGUAGGACGCGCAGAUAAAGGAGGUAUGACGCAAAUUGAAAGCAGGUAGGACGCAAAUAUGAAGCAGAUAGGACGCAUAAUAAAGUUAGGUUGGUGAAGAGUGAAAGUUGGGUCGGACCGAACACUAAUGAUAAUAGAUUUAUGAGAGAGAGAGGGAGAGGGUAAAUAUUGGAGGAAUAAGAGGGUGUAGGGGGGGAAUAUUGAUAUUGACAAAAAAACAAAUGAUAGUGUGAUAAUGUAUACAAUGUACAUAAUUUACAUACUUUACAUACUCUGCAAUGUAAACAAACUAUAGACAAACUGUACAUAUUUUUAAACAGGAACAUUGUUGAAAACAAAAUCAGAAGCCAUUUUUCUACUUUAUUUGCCUCCUGCUAGCUUGGGAACCCAGCUUUGCAAGGAAGCGAAGUUUUCCCUGUAAAAGUCAAACUUAUAAUUUAAGAGCUUUAAACAAAACUAAACAUUUGCGUAGUUCUACCGAUUUCCUAAAUCAAUAUUUAAAGCAAGUGAGUUAAGAUUGGACAAACAAACAGAGAUUACUACUUCUUUAUACAAUGAGAACCAGAAACUCCGAAACAGGCAGACUCAAGUAAGGAGCUAAACACUAAAUGGAUCUGUAUAUAUAAAUAUAUAUAUAUUAUAUACGCAAAUGUCCUUUAGCUUCCAAAUGCAAUUAAUUAUGUCUUUGUUGAGAGCAGAGCAAAAUUGUGUGAAAAAAUGGCGUUCAGGUUACGCCUACUUGUGUUUAUUAAUUAUUAAAAUAAAUUAUUUAAUAAAAAAAUCGGGUUCUGAUUACCACACUUGAUUGUAGUGUGUCUUGGAAAAUUCUAACGUUUGAUUACAAGUUAAAGUUACGUUUUAAGUUUGUCGACAUAUUUUUCAUACGCUUUUAAUAUACGUUUUUAAUAUACGUUUUUAUCGUUUUGUCUUUUAGGCGACAGAAACUUCAUUCUAAAUUUUUGUGUGAUAAAAUAAUUCAGAAUCUUAGGUUUUUAUCAAAACCGUAAUUGUUUUAAUUUUUGCUAUCUGUAAUUAGAUUUAAUGUUUAUGUGCAAUGUACAUAGAUUAUUGCUGUACUCGUGUGGUGUAUAUUGUACAUGUACUCAUUUCCUUUUCGAUGUACUUAACUAAAGUGAUAUACACUAGUAAAAUUAUAGUGGAUUUGUACCAAAGAUAGAUAAUAAAUAGAAAUAUGAUAUUUU